AUGACCGAUAGAUCUGCUAUUCAAUUAAUCGAUGAAGAGAAAGAAUUUCAUCAAAGCGCAUUACAAUAUUUUCAACAGUGCAUUGGAAAUCGUGAUGUUGGUCUAAAUUAUCAUGUCAUUUCUGUGUUCGGUUCCCAAUCGAGUGGUAAGUCCACUCUACUUAACGUUCUGUUCAAUACCAAUUUUGAUACCAUGGAUGCGCAGGUGAAAAGACAGCAAACCACCAAGGGCAUUUGGUUGGCUCACACAAAAGACGUUAACACAACUAUUGAGGUCAAUAGAGAUCGUCCCGACAUUUUCGUACUUGAUGUAGAAGGUUCCGAUGGUUCAGAAAGAGGUGAAGAUCAGGAUUUUGAAAGGAAAGCUGCCUUAUUUGCCAUUGCAGUGUCUGAAGUCCUUAUAGUUAACAUGUGGGAGCAGCAGAUCGGGCUAUAUCAAGGUAACAAUAUGGCCUUACUAAAAACGGUUUUUGAAGUUAAUCUUUCCUUAUUUGGCAAUAAUGACAAUGAUCACAAGGUGCUAUUGCUCUUUGUCAUCAGAGACCACGUAGGUGUUACUCCGCUCUCAAGUUUAAGUGAUUCUGUUACGAGAGAAUUGGAAAAAAUAUGGUCAGAAUUGAGUAUGCCUAUCGGUUGCGAGGAGUCAAGCCUAUAUGACUUUUUCGAUUUGAAAUUUGUUGGAUUGGCUCAUAAGUUGUUGCAAGAGGACAAGUUUACUCAAGACGUUAAGAAAUUAGGGGAUUCCUUUGUAAUGAAAGGGACAGAAAACUAUUAUUUCAAGCCUCAAUAUCAUCAUAGGUUACCAUUGGAUGGGUGGACUAUGUAUGCUGAGAAUUGCUGGGACCAAAUCGAACACAACAAAGAUUUAGAUCUUCCAACUCAGCAAAUUUUGGUUGCCAGAUUCAAAACGGAAGAAAUUUCUAAUGAAGCUCUAGAAGAAUUCAUUUUGAAAUACGAUGACUCCAUUGUUCCCUUGAAGAGUAGUUUGGGACCAUUAACAUCUCAACUGGUGAAACUGAAAGAAGAAUGCCUAACCAAAUAUGAUGAACAAGCGUCACGCUAUGCUAAAAAUGUUUAUCUGGAGAAAAGAGAAAGUUUGAAUGAAAAACUAAACUUGCAUAUCUCGGGCACAAUAAAUGAAUUCUUAGAAACUUUAAUGGAAAAAUUGUGGGAAAAUUUAAAAUUGGAAGUAUUUUCGAGAGAUAAAGCCACCACUUCUUUCGUUGAAAGUCUUGCUAUAGGUAAGAGUAAGACUGAAAAAGAAUUUAACGAAUCAACAGGUGUUUUCAAAAAGUUGGAGCUACUCGCAUCGGAUGAUGAGAUCACCUCCAAAUUUUCCGGUGAUUUCGAGGAAAAAAUUAAGCAAUUACGUGAUGUUGAAUUAAAAGUCAAAUUUAAUAAUAUCAGAAAAAACAUGAUUCCAGAAUUGAAGGAUCACGUAAUUCAUUUGUUAUCACAUCCAUCCAAAAAAGUUUGGGAUGAUAUAAUGGACGAUUUCGAAUCGACUAUUGAAAUCAAUCUCUCUCCGUAUUAUGUGUCUAAGGAUAAUUAUGAUUUCAAAAUCGGCCUAUCAGAUGAUGAAAACGCAAAGAUUUACAAAAAUAUCAGGGUUUUGGCAUGGAGAACUUUAGAUACCACAGUCCAUGAUUAUUUGAAGAUAGAUACAAUUGUUAGUAUAUUAAGAGACAGGUUUGAAGAUGUAUUCAGAUAUGAUGCCGAAGGAUCCCCAAGAUUAUGGAAAACAGAAGAAGAAAUCGAUGGGGCAUUUCGUAUUGCAAAAGAACAUGCUUUGGAAGUUUUUGAAGUUCUCUCACUUGCUGCCACCUCUGAUAAUGUUGAGAUUGCACCUGAUGUGCCAAUGGCUGACGAAGAAAAUGGUGAGGACAACGAAAUAUACCAGGACAACGAGGGCAUUUUCCAUUCUCGUCGUUUUGCACAUAUCUUAACGGAAUUGCAAAAGGAAAAUGUCUUGGACCAAUUCCGUAGACAGAUCAACAUUACUGUUCUAGACUCCAAAAGAUCGAUCAUCACCACAAGAACACAUAUUCCACCUUGGAUAUACAUCUUGUUAGCUGUUUUGGGAUGGAACGAAUUUGUGGCUGUUAUAAGAAACCCAGCGUUUGUCACUCUUAUUUUAGUCUUGAGUGCAGCCUUUUUUGUAAUUCACAAGUUUGGUUUAUGGGGGCCUGUUGUUAACGUUGUCCAGGGCGCUGUUGGUGAAACAAGAACUGCCAUCAAGGAUAAAUUAAGAAAACUUGUCGCUGAAGACCAUGAAGCGGAGGAAUCUUUUGAAAUGAAGGAUUUUUCCAAGGACGAGCAAAAAGAAGAAUGA